GUGACCCGCAACUUACGCUCUAAUUUCUCCGUUUUUUUCCGGUGCACCAAUGGUGUUCAGAUCGCCGCUUGACCUAUUGUCCGCCUCCCGUCUCCUCCUUCCCCACUUCACCGACCGGCCAACUAUCUUACCUCGCGCUCGGUCACCGGAGGAGACCCCAGUUUGCACUCCCGUGGCUCUCCCGGGGCUAUGCUUCUCUGCCGCACAGGUGGCCAGUGUGUGUGAGACUCUGGAGGAAACGGGGGACAUUGAGCGACUUGCACGUUUUCUCUGGUCUCUACCGGUUGCUCAUGGUACGUGCGACUCCAUCACAGAGCACGAAUCUGUGCAGCGAGCUCGCGCCGUGGUCGCAUAUCACACGGGAAGUUUUCGUGAACUUUAUCACAUCUUGGAGACGCACCGCUUUACGCGCGUUUCCCACGGCAAACUGCAAGCCAUGUGGCUCGAGGCACAUUACCGGGAAGCGGAGAAGCUACGUGGACGGCCACUCGGGCCAGUGGACAAAUAUCGAGUACGGAAGAAGUUCCCGUUACCAAGGACCAUCUGGGAUGGCGAGCAGAAGACGCACUGCUUUAAGGAGCGCACGCGCGGGCUUCUAAGAGAGUGGUACCUGCAGGAUCCGUACCCUAACCCUGGAAAGAAACGGGAGCUGGCGCAAGCCACCGGGCUUACACCAACCCAGGUUGGAAACUGGUUCAAAAAUCGGAGACAGAGGGAUCGCGCUGCUGCUGCCAAAAAUAGAUUGCAAAAUCACGGGAUAGGACCCAACGGCAUGCACGCUCUUACGGGAACCCAAUGCAGCCCCAUGGGCAGCGCGGAGCAUGGGGAAGGGGACACGCAUCUUUCGGUAACGGAUAGCGACUCUGAUUUCGACAUUUGACUUUGUAAAAACGGACAAGCUUUACCACGUCCGGACGUGGAUGAUCCGAUUGUUGUUGGCCAACUUAUUGUCUGGAUAUGAUAACACAUUCUCUCGGCGAAAGAGAGUUGAAGAGAAAUGGUUUCCAUGCAUUCAGGACACACUGAACUCUCUACCACAGAAACGCACAUUUUACUUCUGAAUAAAGAGCUCUUGAGUGCGAUGCGCAUCCUCAAUACCUCCCAAAUACAAUACACUUCUUGUCUAAAGAUUAAUAAACAAUAUGACGUACUGUCCUCCCGGUUGUGGUGGGACUGUUUGUCGUUGUUUUAAAUUGAACAGGAGUUCCUUGUAACUGCCAUUUGACUACAUUAGAUUACAGUACAAUAGACUACAGUACUAAACCUGUAUAUGUGAA